CCUCCCAGUGGCGCUCGACAGGAAGACGGUGACGUCAGUUGGAGCCCUUCUGCAUGUAGUUAGAGUUACAAUAUUACUAUGUGUGCUAUAAUAGCGCAAUGUUGGACAUCGGCGGGCAGAGAGAGACGAAGGGAGGAAAAGCCUGUUUACACAGACGGCAAACCGCCUGGGGAAUAAUGCAGGAGAGGAAGUGAGCCGGCACUCUGUCUGCCUGCUCCAACUUCCUGCUCUGAAGAAGAAGAAAAAAAAUCAGGAUCUCAUUACAGUUCAACAGAGCAGUCGAGACGACAGUAAGCAUGGAAAACCAAGGGAUUUUAAUAGAUUCGUUUUAAAAGUAUUGCGGAGGAAAAUCAAACUUCUCAUAUCUGGGUAUGGCUGCAUCUCGUUGGUCCUAGGGAUGGAAAGCGCGAUCACACUGUGGCAGUUCCUGCUGCAGCUGCUUCUGGACCAGAAUCACAAGCAUUUGAUCUGUUGGACCUCCAACGAUGGCGAGUUCAAGCUGCUUAAGUCUGAGGAGGUGGCCAAGCUGUGGGGCCUGCGCAAGAACAAGACCAACAUGAACUACGACAAGCUGAGUCGUGCCCUGCGCUACUACUAUGACAAGAACAUCAUCAAGAAGGUGAUUGGCCAGAAGUUUGUGUACAAGUUUGUGUCUUUCCCGGAGAUUCUGAAGAUGGACCCACAGACAGUGGAGAUGGGCCGUGAGGGGGGUGGGGCCAUUCUUCAGGAGGCGGAGCUGCUGGGGGCUGACGGCGAGGAGGACCCCCCUAAGGUGGCGCUGUCAGGCCUGCGGGGCACUGCUGCUGCCUGCCGGAGCGAAUACCUCCACUCGGGCUUGUACUCGUCCUUCACGAUCAGCUCCCUGCACAACCAGCCGCCACUGCUGCGAGCCGUCAAGGUGGAGCCACGGGCGGAGCGCCCUCAGGAGGCGCGGACCGUCAUCCGCUUUGUGCCCAACCGCUCUGAGAAGGGAGGGGCCCACUCAGCGGUGUCGCAGCCUCCCUCCCCGCCCCGCCCCUCCUCCUCCUCCUCUUCCUCUCCUGGAGAGGCCUUCUUCCCACCCAGCCUCCCUGGCUCCCCCCGGUUGUCUGCUUCUCGCUCACCCUCCCCCUCCCCCAGCCCUGGCUUCCUGCCCGGGAAGGGGCGGAGCCCCAAGGUGGAGAUGGACGACCUGGAGCAGGGAGCCCAACCCCUCAACCUGUCAGCCGGUCACAGAGAGCGCGGCACCCAGCCCGCUGAGAAGAGGAGUGGCAGCAACGGACUCCCGCCCAAAACCAAGAAGCCCAAGGGCCUGGAGAUCUCAGCCCCCUCCCUGUUACUGUCAGGAAGUGACAUCGGAUCCAUUGCCCUCAACAGCCCAGCACUUCCAUCAGGGUCCCUGACCCCCGCCUUCUUCACUGCACAGACUCCCUCAGGGCUGCUGCUGACUCCCAGCCCUCUGCUGUCCAGCAUUCACUUCUGGAGCAGCCUGAGCCCCGUGGCCCCCCUGAGUCCUGCCCGGCUGCAGGGCCACAGCUCCCUGUUCCAGUUCCCCACCCUGCUCAACGGGCACAUACCAGUGCCCCUGCCCAACCUGGAUGGAGCCUCCUCACCCCUGCUGCUUUCCUCUAGUGCCCAGAAGUCCUGAUUCUGCUCUGCAGCUAACGGACAGGCUCCGGUCAUUGACCACAUCCACCAGUCCCCUCUCUCUGCCACUGUUACUGUUGUCGUCAUCAUCAUCAUCAUCAUCAUCAUGGCCGUCCAGGUGGACAGAGUCAGCGAUAGCGUUCUAGGUUUUUUUGUUUUUUUUUUUGGUUUUGCACAUUCACAGUGAAACCAUGUACAGAAAAUCCAUUUCUUCUUUACGAUUUAUUUUUUUUUAUAAACUUUUGUGUUUUGUUUUUAGCCAAUAAAAUACCUUCAAACGUAUGCCCCACCCUCCACACACACACACACACACACACACCCUUCCCAUUAGCGGUUUCGGGUUUCCAAGCUCACGGGCCCAACUGGUACUCACGCGAGUGCCCUUGGUCACGCUGCUGUGUAUCCUGCCUCCGGGUCAAACCAGCCAAUCCCUGGCCUGGCCUAUCCUGCGUGAGGCCUCGAAGCCCAAGAGCCAAAGACUACCAAGCUCAACACUGUCGAGUGUGACUGGACCAAAACUGCCUGGAGUGUGACCUGAUUGGGUGACACUGGAUUCCAGAUGCAGAUACACUUUCUAAACAGGACGCCAAUGUUUCCAAAGACACAUAGUCAGUAUUUUAAUGUGCUUGGUGCAUCAUGUGUGUGUUAAGACAUAGACAAGAAAGAAAGGGGUGAAAUUGUUGCUUUUUUCCAUGUCCGAUUUAAAGAAAAAUCUUUUUCAUUUCCAUUGGAGGCUGUGAAUCUGGUUUCUGUCAUUGACGUUUUGUAUUGUAUUGUAAUAAACUGUAUUGUAUCAUCUGCACUGUGCUUUAACGUUAGUACCGGCUGUGCCUUCCCAUUGUAAGGAUUAUGUAAAUGUAUUAUUUCUAGCUUUAUGGGAAAACAAAAAAAAACUUCUUUCAAAGACGAAAUUCCAGUACAUUAAAAAGGCUUUGUAAUAGCUUUUAAUUAUUUUUUCAUAAAGGAAUUGAUACAAAUGUAUUCUCAUAUUAAUUUUAUAUUUUGUGCUUUUUAAGAGUCUAGGGACUAUGCCUAUAAAUAAACACAAAGCAUUGAAUGCUAUAGUAUACUUCUGUAUUCAUUAUUGAAUGAUUUUUUUUUUAAAAAAACACAAGCCAUUUUGCAUACUUAUGUACACAAGUAUGAAAAACACUGAAAACUGUGGCUGCUUCAACUAAGAUGUGUUUCUAAUGGAAUGAAGCAGCUGAGAUAUUUGCUUUUAAACAUCUUUCUGUCAACCUCACUCUGUGCAGUGUUUUAACCCCCCCUUCCCCCCAAGCUGGGAAUAUGUAAAUUAAAUAAAGAAAAACAAAACGCUGGCCUGAUGAAGGUUAAUGUAAUUUUUACAUAAAAUAUUUUAUUUUUUUCAAAAUUUUCUUUCUCAAACUAUAAAGCAAAAUCUGGAGAGAGAAAAUAAGAGUUGUUUAGUGACUGGGGAACAACCACAAGGCCUAUUGUUACUACAAAAAAGAUUAAGGAUUCUCAAUGUCUCCUGCAUAUAAUAAAGUUUUAUUGAUUGAAA